CAACUUCGGGCUGUCAGUCACGUACACAAACUUUGUAAACAAAUGAAAAUCAUCAGAAUUGCGUAUUUACAGUCAAAAGUUAAAAACAAAGAAAUAAAAUAAAAUAAAAUGGAUAUAAAUCAUCGACUUAUAGAGGCCGUAAGACAAUGUCCUUUGCUUUACAAAAACAAUGCCUCAUUAUCGGAUCGUAGAUGUGGUUGGCAACAAAUUGCCCAACAAAUGAAAAUGCAAGAGGCACUUUUGAAGACUCGUUGGCACUUUUUACGAGAGCAUUACAAACGCAAUGCUAACGCAGAUAAUACACUGGAGUCUAAUCAGUUUCCAUACAAAAAAGAGAUGGACUUUCUAUUGCCAUAUUUGCGUCCACCACCCAGGGAAGAAGAGCAAAAUGAAGAAGUAUUUCUGCCAGAAGGCGUAAUAAAGCCAGAAUUCGUUAUAACUGAAAAGGAUUUGGAGAACGAUAGCGGCAAUGAGGAAUAUGUAUUUUUAGAAGUAGAGACGCUCGGGCCGGAAUAUGAAACAACUAAUGUAGUAACACAACAAAUAAGUGCAAACGAACUUAAAAAAGAACUACAACAAGAGCUGGAACAACAGCAUGACGAAUAUGAAAGCGAGGAACUUACACAUAUUGAAAUGGAAGUGCACGUGAAGGAGGAAGAAAUUGAGGAUAAACCGACCUACAAUGUCCAACGAGUGGAACAAGACCCCAUAAAAGAAGACGCAGAAGCUACUUGCAAUAGGAAUGGUGCCAAGGAGGACGAAGCCGUGCGCAAUCAAAUACAAGAGGCUUCCGAAGAAAAACGAGAGAACAAAGUAGAAGUACGGGAGGGCGAUAGCAGCAGUGACAACGUAACAAAUAACAGCGAUCGCAGCGAAGAUGCUAUUUUCGGUGAAUUGGUAUCGGCAAUGUUAAAGGAAAUGCCAGCAGAAAAGAAACGUAUCGUUAAGCGUGACAUUAUGAAUUUGCUGCUCACAUAAGUUAAUGCAAGUGCACAGGAAUCGCGAAAGAUGAGUUAGAAUUCUUUAUGCAUUUUAAUUUUAAGUUAUUUAAACAACUAACUAAAACUAUAUUGAUACAAUAAGGUGAAAACAGACUUCUAGAUUUAAUGUAUUUACUAUAAUUCAUAAUUUAUAAUCUCUAAAAAUGUUUGUAUGUGUACCAUAUCCAAUUAUUUGUCGUUUUCGUAUACAAAUUUUUAAUAAAUAUAUGUAGAUAAUCCUAACCUA